AUGUCUUCCUUUAAUCAUAAACGAAAUAAGCUAUUCGAGCGCCGAAAACAUAUAUCAAGCUUAUCAUAUACAGAAAAGGUUUUGAAAGUCUUGCCCUAUAUUCCCUGUCAGCAAUUGGAAUGCAAAUGUACCAACUGGUCAUCCAAGAAGCUUGAGGAUUCUCAAUUUGAAUGCCUUCACUGUGGUCAUUUACAUUGUGGAGAGAUUUUUUCCUCAGAGUUUUCUUCUUGGAUUGAGGCCCUUGCUGUGCAAAUGGUUGAAGAUCUUGAGACGCUUUACCUUCUCUGUUCAGAUGAAGAAGAUGUGGAAACUCGUCAACUAUACUUCUGUAUGCUUAAGCGUUUACGCAAAGCUCUAGUAAAUCGUAGCCAUCCCCAUGUGGAUGAUUUACCACCUUUCGAGAGACCUAGUGUUGCUACUGCCGUACGAAAUCUUAUUAUUCGAAAACUUGCGGCAUCUCCUCAUGAUGCACCACUCUAUAUUGAUAUCGGUCGUCUUGUACUCACCUUCCUAAAUGGCCAUCGUCUCCAAGCCCCCAAAAAUCGCAAGCAAAAGAAUGAAAAUAUCACUGGAUAUCGUCUUAUCUACAUGCGUUGGAUAUGCCACUGUUAUGUGCCACUCUUUUGCACUACCUAUCCCUAUUUUGAACCUUCUAGUGCUUUCGGUAAAAACUUCUUUCUUGCUCUCCUAACUGAUUUGAAGUCAGUUCUUCUGGAUAAUGUGCGAGAAGAAAAUAGUAAACUCGCCUCAGAACUUCUGGCUUUUAUCUUAGAACUAGAGCGUGAGGCUCGUGUUCUGAAUUCUCCUAUUUGGGAUCCCUUCUUCAGACCAUUUUCAGCCUCAGGAAAACUAGAAGAUUCGGGAAUUUUGGGUGAUCCAUCUUCUGUGUUUGUUGAUUGCAAACCUGCAAGUAAACAUUCAGUUGAUGAAAAUGGUGAAGAUAUCGAUCAGACACUGAUUAAAGAGGAAAUGGAUACCGGAGACUAUCUUCCGUCAACUCCCAAAAAGAAGUUCAUGAGGCAUCGUAAUCAUGGUGAAAGUUCAAUGUGUCUCUAUCCAACUAGAAGUGCUACUAAACUUAUGAGUACUCCACAGAGUUGCCAAAGGCGCCCAUUAGAAAUGGAUACCCCGGUGUCGGGAGAUUUUCAAACACCUUUGGGAAAGCGUCUUAGGAGGGAUUCUUCUGGUUCUUGUUCCUCAUUUUUUGGAGAAAUUAACGCCAAGGAGUUGGAAGAAGUUGUGAAGGAACUGGAGGAUGACCAAAAUGCUGGCCGAAAUCUCCUACCUUCUCCAGCUUUACGUUCUCUAUUGGCUGCUCGUGACGCCGCUGCACGAAGAGAAGAAUCAGCAGGUACCAUUGAGUUUCACGUGGUGAGUAACAGUCUCAAUCAACAGCAGGAGCCUUCCUCAUAUAUUUGGCUACUGGAACUUCUCAAUGUUUUUUCCACUCAACUUCCCAGUAUGCCCAAGGAAUACAUUACUCGUCUUGUCUUUGAUCCGAAACACAAGAACUUAAUUCUUCUAAAAGUUUCUGAGAAUGGUGAUCGACAUCCUAUCGGGGGUAUAACUUUCCGCAUGUUUAUGGCUCAAGGAUUCUCGGAAAUUGUUUUCUGUGCUGUUAUCUUCAAUGAACAGGUCAAGGGUUACGGAACUCAGAUGAUGAACCAUCUUAAAGAUUAUCAUACUCAACAUGGAAUAUAUCAUUUUCUCACUUACGCAGACUCCCAUGCAGUGGGAUAUUUCAGAAAGCAAGGUUUCUCAAAAGAGAUUCGUUUACCUAAACAAAUUUACCUGGGUUUUAUCAAAGAGUAUGAGGGAGCGGAUCUUAUGGGAUGUGAACUCUACCCUAAUGUGGUCUAUACACAGUUUUCCGAGGUUAUUAGUCGCCAAAGAGAGAUAAUCAGUCGUAUCAUUGAGCGUCGCAAACGGGCUUUGGAGACAGUCUAUCCUGGUAUUCCUAACUCUCAAUUUAGGUUUGGGCCUAUCCCGUUGUCUUCUAUUCCCGGAUUGAUUGAAUCUGGUUGGCGAGCAGAUGCCAGCGAUGGGGAAUCAAAAACACUCGUUGAAACUACAGAAGUAACCUCUAAUUUCGUUGCUAUGGAAGUGUCCUCUCCUGGAGAAACUCCGGCUACGGAAGCUGCAGAAGUUCCUCCAACCACUUCUGUAACUGAACCCCUGAGUGUACAGGUCGCUCCUUCACAUUCUCCACAUCAUACUGUUCUCGAAUCGAUGGAAGUGGACGGAGGUUUUACACAAGUUAAAUUCCCAACCAUUCGCCGUACACGGCAACUCCGUGGGGCCAGUGAAAGUAAUGAGGAUGAUACAAUCGCCAGGCGAACCCGAGCUAGUUCAGGGAGAAAUUUUCAGAGUAGCGAAUGUAAUCAGCCUUCGAGUUUUCAAAUAUCUCCUCAGCCACCACCAAUGACAACGCAACAAAUUUCCUCGGCAGAGAAAUUGCGUCAUAGAGAGGAGGUGAAGCAAUUUAAUGAAGCAGUGGAUGCGCUGGCUGAACGAAUUCGUCCCGUGUUGGAGGCUAUUAAGGCGCACAAAUUUGCUGGUCCCUUCCUAACCCCGGUUACGCCUGCUGAAGCACCUGGAUACUUUAAUAUCAUCACUUUUCCCAUCGAUCUUCGAACAAUGACGGAACGUUUGAAAGCACGAUACUAUACACAUUUGAAUCUCUUCAUCGCGGAUAUGCGAAGAAUGUUUCAUAAUUGUCGAACAUACAAUCAUCCAGAGAGUGACCUCUAUCGACACGUCUCCUCUCUUGAAAACUUCUUUACCCGAAAAAUGCGUGAAGCGGGUCUGUGGGAGAACCCACCUUCACCCCUUCCCCCACCUUAA